AGUUUAAACAGUCAAAUUCAUUCUCUUAACUUCCGUGUCCAUGGAACACCUAAUGUACAUUUCGUUAUUUCUUUUAAACAAAUCUUAAUUAAAAUGUAAUAAAACAAGACAUUUUUGUAUACGAUAAAAAUGGAGGAAUACAAGGCAAGGAAAAGAGUGAAUCUAAUUUACGCUAUAAUUCUUUUGUUUAUUUAUUUGAUAAGUUUUAUUCUGCUUAAUGUGGGAUUUUACGCGCCAAAAUGGUACAAGCAUUUUGUACAGGUUGGUGACAGAGAUUGCUCGGAGGUUGGAUUGGUCAGUGGCAAGUGUAGAUAUCCUUACACUGAGAUGGACAAAACAGUGGGUGAAGCAGGUUUUGUUAUGCGUGCAAUAUUCUACAUGGUAUUGACAGCGAUGUGUUUUCUAUACAUGUCGUUCCUCACACUGGGUUUUGGUAUCGCAUUCAGUUUGCUUGAAAACCCAGUAUACAUGUCUUUCAGCUCUAUUAUUAUGGGAAUUCUUUAUCCUGUGGCCGGUAUUCUGACUGUCACGACAAGUAUCUAUUUGCGUAUUAACGGAAAUGUUAGCGAUCCCGGUUAUGCCCCCUUUCUCACAACAACAGGUGGAAUUCUCAUUCUGAUAAGUUAUUACAUGUUACGUGUACACGAGAUGGUAAUGGACAUAGCUCUAAAGUUUUUAGACAUCGGAAAUGGCGACGAAGAAUUUUAGACUGGCAAGGCAGCAUGUGACAAAGUGUCUGUAGGACUUUACAGUUGAAGCUACUAUGUUAUCUCUUUUCUUGAGAAGGCUGCCAGUUUUUUUUUAAAUGACGCUAUAUAUUCAUAUUGUGACCACCUAUAAUGUGUAGCAUUUAAAACAUAUAAUUAAGUAACUUAACAUGUUUAUUUUAGAUUUAGAAAAAAAUACUUUGUGGAUUUCUAUAUUUUCUAAUAUCAAAUUUGAGCAUAGUAUAUCUUUAUAUGUCGUUCAGGUAAGGUUUGUGUUUUAUUUGCAGUUAUCAAAUAAUGGUCCAUUCUUUUCUAUGUUUUUGAUAUCCUCAGCCUCCCUCGUUUUAUUUAUUUUUUAUUGCUGCUUGUCUUGCAAUAAUGUAUCGCUGGAUGUUGACGGAGACCCUGUUCAUUGCACUCCUUGUUCAAUAUUGAUCACGUAUAAUAUUUUUUUCAUGUAACAAUUUAUGAAACGAUACAGAAAAAAAUUCAAGUCAAGUAAAUAAAAUCAAAAUCUGGUCAUUUUUAUUCCAUGAUAGAUAUUUUGAAAAUUGUAUUUAAUGCUUUCUGCUCGAAAAAUGUUCUUCAAUAAAAGAAAAAUAUAUUUAAUGAAACGAC